AUGACCAACACGGACGAGAAAGAUAUCGGGCCAGAGUUCGUCAACGAUGUCGAGUCCGACAGCUCACGGCAGGCCCAUACUGGAGGAGGCAACAACGAAGACAAGAGACUUGUUCGGAAGCAAGAUUUGAGGAUUCUCCCCAUCUCUUGUGGCAUAUACCUUUUGUGCUACCUCGAUCGAUCCAAUAUUGGCAAUGCCAAGGUCUUGAAUGCUUCUACUCACAACGACUUACUCUCAGAGACUCAUAUGACGGCUUAUCAAUAUACGAUUGCGUUGAUGGUCUUCCUUAUCGCGUAUAUGGUCUUUGAAGUACCCUCCAACUACUUUCUCAAACGUCUUAGCCCAAGCAAAUGGAUUGCCUUCUUGAUGCUCUCCUGGUCCGUCAUGACUAUGGGCCUAGGCGGAGUUCACAACUUUGCAGGAGUAACGGCCUUGAGAUUCCUCUUGGGAGUCUUCGAAGCUGGCCUUUUUCCUGGUCUCGUCUACUAUCUUACCUUCUGGUAUCGUACCGAUGAGCGUAGUAUCCGUGUUGCCUUUAUCUUGGCAUCAGCGACUCUAGCAGGAGCUUUCGGAGGAGCCAUUGCUUACGGUGUGGGACACAUGAACGGCACUGGUGGCCUUUCAGCAUUCCGUUGGCUGUUCAUCCUUGAAGGCCUACCAUCUCUAUUGUCUGCACCUCUGGUGUACUUUUUCUUGCCCGAUUAUCCCGAGACUGUCAAAUGGCUUUCCNCCGAGGAGAAAGCUUUUGCAGCAGAAAGGCUCAGAUUCGAAGGGUCGCACGGCAACAGCAAGAGUAUGUCCUGGGAAGACGCCAAGGUCACUCUUACUGACUGGAGACUCUACGCCCACUACGCCAUCUAUUUCGGUAUCUCGACACCCUUCUCGAGUUUGUCUCUUUUCACCCCUACCAUCACUGCUGGUCUGGGUUUCAAGGACCUUACUGCACAGCUCAUGACCGUGCCACCUUAUGCGGUCGCAUAUAUUGUCACACUCCUGGUAUCAUGGUCUGCUGACCAUUUCGACGCACGCGCCUUGCAUUCCGCCAUAUUCGCAACUGUGGGAGCAAUUGGAUUUCUAGCCUCGGCUGUACUGCCACCUGACGCAUACAAUGCUCGUUAUGGCUGUUUGAUUGUCGCUGCGGCAGGUUCCUUCUCCUGCAUCCCACCUCUCUUGGGCUGGUUGUCUUCCAAUCUGCACAGCACGGCAGCAGCUGGAUUGGCCAUCGCUUUGAACAUCUCGUUCGGUGCGCCAGGUCAAAUCACAGGAGUUUGGAUCUACAAGGCUGAAGAGAAGAAGAAGGGAUACCCUACAGGUCAUUGGGUCAACGCCGGACUGUUGUUCUUUGUGGCUGUUGGUUGCAUCUCUCUGUUGUUCUUCUACAAAUUCAAGAACAGAAAGUUGAGAAGAGAAGGAGCGGAAAGGCUGUUCAGAUAUUGA